AUGGACGUUUCAACAUAUACAUCAGUCUCAGACACGGAUGAAAGAGCAGACCUUAAUAGUCUGAAAGCAAACCGUCUACUACAAAUCUCUGAAGAAACGCAACUAUUUAACAUCCCAUGGCCACAGGCAGAUGAAAUCCUGCAUAUAUUCCAGCAAAAAUACUACCAUCAUUUUCCGUUUGUCGUCCUAGAGAAUGGAAUAUCCGCCCGUCGGCUAGAACAGCGGAAUACAUUCACCUUCAAGGCAAUCAUGAUAAUUGCCACGCCGUUACCGUGGCUCAUAACGACAGCGAUGAAGGAUGACUUCUUUGCUCAUCUCGGCCAACGUCUGUUUACUGAGAAAGAUUUUGACUUGGAUCUCCUACAGAGUAUCUUACUUUGCAUAGCUUGGGCUGAUAUAUGCGAUCUGAGCAAUCACCAAAUCACGAAUCUCACACAUAUUGCACUUGGAUAUGCUCAUUAUCUAGCAGCUUCAGGGAGGUCAUUUGACGCUUCUCAGUCCGGAAAUAUCCCUCUCGUCAGCAUCUCCUCCUCGCAAAGAUCAGCUAUGCUUCCUCAAAGCGGCGCUAUUGACGCCCGCAGAGCGUUUCUGGGGUGCGUCAGUGUGCUUUCAGCAGAUUCGGUCCGUUUUGGUCGGCAAAAUCCCCUCAACAACUCCUACGUAGAUUUGUGUCGCAGCUUGCUCAGGCAACAUCCCGAAUGUCCCACGGAUUUUGUCCUAGAGCGAUAUGUGAGAUUGAUGCAGCUGAGUGACAAGAUAUCUGAGGCUUUUCACACCAAUACCCGUCAUGAUGGAACGGAAGCAUAUCUUACUCUGGUUAAGGAGACUGCUCAACGGCUUCGCCCCGAGUUGAAUAACAUAAUUGAGUCCUUGGGUUUCGAUCAACAACAGUUUCGUUGGCCGUCCAUUGGAAACGUUGGCAGCCAUGAGAAAUCUUUUAGACUGGCUUAUAACUACCUUUUAGCCCGGCUCUAUGAACCUGUUACACGCUUUGAACCGGCCGCGAGAGAAGUAGAAGAUGCGCCGCUCGAGCUGUGGCACCUGUGCUUGACAAACUGCAUGUCUGCAACUAAAGCAUAUUUUGAGAAUCUUCUCGUAACCCGUCCUGAUGGCUGGUAUUCUUAUCAAUCUACGAUUGCUACGAAGCCGAUUAUAUUUGUAAUGACCCUUGCUGCUCGCCUUCAUUUGAUCAAGGUUCCGGGUUGGAAUGCCAAACUAGCACAUCUCGAAUUUGAUCUUUCCUCCAUGGUAGAUCGUUUCGUUUCUCACUUGGAGGAAGCUGAAGAGGCGUUGAAACAAGAUAUGGAGAAGUUUGCCAACAGCAUGAAAGCGAAUCUCGAACCGGCAGAGAUGAUGAAUUCCAAGAGAUUAGCACAACUAGCCAAGAAAGCGAAGAGUGUCAAAGCGUGGUAUGAAGCGGAGAGGAACCGAGUGGUAACAAAUGAGCCCUUUGAUGAUGGAGCAAGAGGUCCGGCCAUCAUAACCGAGGAUGAGAAAUUGGGAAGCGAAGUUUGGUGGCCUCAUUAUCCACGGUGGUUUAAUGGGCUGUAUGAGAAUUCUGCUUGGAAUUUUGACGAUGUAGGGAGCUGA